AUGCAAGAUAAGUACAAAUCACAAACGGCCGAGUCACACGAUUACUGGCUGUGUAAAAUAUUUUGCCACGAUAAGAUUCAACUUUCCUUGGAGGAGAUGUCUAUUGGGUAUUCGGACCCCACGUUCGGAGAGUCAGCAGCCUUUCUUCCAAUGGAUAGAGCAGUGGCUGGCCAAACGCGGCCGUCGUUGAGACAUAAUUCAUCACUUUCGAGGGGCAACAUUCAUCGUCGAAGUUCAAUUAUAAUGGCUGAUACGGGACAAAAGAUACAGCGAUCGUAUUCAUUUUGGGACCAGACACAGGAUGAGAUAGAGCUGGAAAGCCAAAUAGAAAAUAACAGACGGAACGUAGAAGAUAGGAUCCAAGGGUUUCAGGGUAGACUUAAAGGCGUGAUUUAUUCUGACACUUGCAGAGGAGUGCUCAAGGGAGCUUUGGCCUAUUUUGUUGCAUCGUGGGCUGUCUACUCGACAACCCUCUCCAGUAUAUUAGGCAAUGCCGACUCGAAGCAUUUGAUUUGCACAAUUGUCGUUUAUUUCCAUCCCACAAGAACAAAGGGGUCUAUGAUUCAGUCUUUGAUUUUCGUGAUCCUGUCACUCUCGUUCGCGUUUUCGAUCUCGGUGAUACUGAUGAGCAUUUCAUCCAAAUCAUAUAACAUGGAAAGCCCUGAACUCGGUUAUGGUAUUGAUCUUGUUUUCAGCUGUGCUGCUCUUGGUCUGAUAUCAUUGACAAAACAGUGGGUCAAUAAACCCACAUUUAACACCGCUUGUUCGCUGAGCGCCAUAGUCAUCAUUUCGUGCGUCAUCAAGGAAGGUAGUCAAGACGGUAGCGUUGUGCCGUGGACCAAAAUUGGGUCGAUUUUCAGAAUUGUCUUAGCAGGAUGUAUAGUCUCUGCAUUGACUUGCUACUUGCUGUGGCCAACGUCUGCGGAGGCGAAGUUGAAGCAACAUUUGAACGAAAAUGCAGAUGUGCAGUCACGUCUUCUCAAAUUGGUGUCAAGAUCCUUUUUAGGGUAUGAUCACAUAGAUUCGUCUGAGACAAACGAGCUUGUCGAAAAAGUCAAGUCGAGCCUCAAAAACCUGAAGAAGUACCUGGAAGAAGCCAAGUUCGAACUGUACUUGAAGGGAAAGGAAAAGGAGUAUCACCUGCUCGAAGACCUAGUAGAGUCUUGUGGAAAGCUCUGGAUGACCAUGGCUGGAAUGAGGAUGUCUGUCGAGUUCAAAUACGAGCUUCUUGAAACAAGUAACCGUGUUCACACAGAAGCCACGUCCUUGCACAGCUAUUACGGAGGACAAUUUGACGGCAACACAUCUAAUGAGAGUGAUUUUGACGACGAGGCUGUUGCAAUAGACUCCAAAGAGCUAUUUGACUUAUUUGUCUACCAUCUUGGACCAUCUAUCAAAAGUUUCUCGUACACUGUCAGACAAAUCUUAAGCGGUGUUCCUUUCAAUUCAGAUAAUGAGAUAGAACCCGCUGUUGAACAGUAUUCUAAAAGCCUGGCUUUGGCAAAGGAUUUGUACAGUGAGAACCAUUUAAAGGCCCUCAAAAAACUUUACGAUCAAGACCUCUUCAAAACGGAGACAGACUUCGACUCCAAAGUUGAUCAGGAGGAAGUGGCUGCAUCGUGCGGAAACUUCUCUUUCCUGUUGUUGGAGUUCUCUUCGGAGCUUUCUGAGUACUUGCGAAUUCUGAAGGAGUUGAAUGCCGUGUCCACUUACGAUGACACAAAAAGCUUCGAGUUUCUGAAGUUUUGGAAGCGAUCGUUCUCUCUGUCGUCCACUGCUCCUCGAAACAGUACUAUCAAUGAUAUGAUAUUACGAAUUCAAGGAACUAAUGAGGAUUACAGUGCCAAGAUGUCUCUGAAUUAUAGAGUUUGGAGAGUAGUCAAAAUCUUAAGAAGUGUGGAUGUCCAAUUUGGUCUGAGAGUGGGUAUUGGCUCGCUGUUCAUAGCCAUAUUUGCAUACAUUGACAAGACCAAGGACUUCUUUGAUGACUGGCGAGGCGAGUGGGCUCUGGUGACAUUCUGCAUUAUAAUGAAUAAGUCUGUUGGAGGCACCACGAUGACGAUCAAAUGGAGGUUUCUGGGAACAUUUUUAGGGGCUUUCACCGCAUAUUGUGUUUGGGUUUUAUUAUACCCCAAUGCCCUACUAAUGGCAGUUGUGGGAUUCCUAUUUUCUAUCGGCUGCUUCCACAUUAUCAUCAACUGGGAAGCAAAUAAUGCAUUCGGUAGAUUCAUUCUUCUCACCUACAAUUUAACCGUGUUGUAUUCGUGGACAAUGGCCAAUAAGGUGAUAGAUAAGGUGCCUGACUAUGACGAUGAGGGAGGAGACAACCCGAUCAUAUUUGAAAUUGCUAUUCACCGUUUUCUGGGCGUUUCCUUUGGAGUGAUCUGGGCUUUGAUCGUAACAAUGUCUCUGUUCCCUAAUUCUGCACGGAGCAGGAUUCGCAGAGGGCUCUCCAUCUUGUGGUUGCGAAUGGGCAUCAUUUGGCACAGUGGGCCACUGGCUUACGAGGUUGACGAACACAAUGAAUACAGACUUAUUGGUAUACGGGACAGGAAGACUAUUCAUAUGAUCAUGGCCGAGUUAGAGACUUUACUCAAACAGGCCCCGAUGGAGAUUAGACUCAAAGGACCAUUCCCCAUAGGGAUUUACGAGAAAUUGCUCAUUUCAACUUCUCGGAUAAUCGACGCUUUUGAGAACCUGAACUCCAUAAUCGAGAUCAAUAAAAAGCUUACCCCCAACGAGCACUCAGUGCUUCAAAGUUUAGCAGGCGAGAUGUCGGAACUUGAGAAUCGUGUAUUCCUUAUUUUCUACAUGCUAGCUUCUGCUAUGAAGUUAGGGUUUCCACUCGCAAACAAGCCUGCCUCCACCGAACAUUCAAAAGAGCGGAUGCUCGCUAAAUUGAGCGAGAUCCGCAAACGAAGUACCUCAGAAAAACAAGUGCUGUCAGACGAAGAUUUUGUCCUACUCUAUACGUACAACCUGGUCACAAAUUCAAUUACCAAUGAGUUAGAUGUUCUUUUAGGACUUGUGGCAGACUUGUACGGUAGAGUUUCUGAGGAAACUCUCGAACUGUGA